AUGAACGGCGGAAACGACCAACAAGAUAGAGGCUUCUCUUUGGGCAAAGUUGUGAGCUCUGCCCUCGAUAACAAGAAGAGUUCUGGAUUUGAAGGAAUGAUCGGUGAUGCAAUUGCCAACAAGUUCACUGGUAAGAAGACUUCCGGCUUCGGCCACAAUUCUGGUUCUGGCUCCGGUUCAGGUUCAGGCGGAUUGUUGGGUGGAUUGAUGGGCUCUCUUGGUGGAAACAGUGGCCACAACAACAACCAAAACUACAACAACAAUCAGAACUACAACAACAACAACAACCAAAACUACAACCAAAAUCAAAACCAGAACUACAACAACAACAACAACAACAACAACAACAACAACAACAACAACAACAACCAGAACUACAACAACAACCAGAACUACAACAACAACCAAAACUACAACAACAAUCAAAAUUACAACAACAACCAGAACUACAACAAUAACCAAGGUGGCAACCAUGGUAACAAUGGUGGCUCAGGUGGCUUCCUCGACAACAUUGUGAAUGCGGGCCAAGGAUACCUCAACCAAGGCAAGAACCAUGGAAACAACAACCACGGUAACAACCAAAAUCAGGGCUACGGAAAUCAAAACCAACAGCAUCAAGGCCAAAACUACGGUGGUAACCAAAACUAUGGCGGCAACAAUCAGUCCUACGGCAACAACCAGUCCUACGGCAACAAUCAAUCUUACGGCAACCAAAACAACCAAAACUAUGGUAACAAUGGCGGCAAUGGCGGUAAUUAUGGUAACAAUGGUGGUAAUCAAAACUACGGUGGACAGAAUGAUGGCUCCAACUCUUGGGGUUACAAGAACUAA